AAAGCAAUACAAUAUGCAAUGAAUAGCCUUGAACUGGUUCAUGAAACUAAGAAUACAAUUUUUUGUGUUGAAGAGCUCAAGAAGAAUUAUCAUAAAAAAAUAAAUCAAAUCAAAAAUUCUCAAGGUGAAUGGGAUAAAUAUUGGAAGAAUGUUAUUCAAAUUGAUACUGCAAUAGUCAAUAUUCUUGGCAAAGUGGCUAUCAGAAAUAUCCUGAGUCAGAAGGCCUCUAAAAAAGAAGUUUUAGCAUGGAAAACUAGCUCUGCAAUGUUCGAAGCAAAAUCUAAAAGUAUUUGUUGUCGCUCAAAGCUUAAUCAAGAAUUUGCUAUUGUGGUAAUCGAUAUGAUGUUUGAUCCUACAAUUAUGACCACUUCUCACACUGGUGGAGAAAUUCAUUCCCGAAUAGAAACCCAAUCUAAGCAAAUUAACAAUAUAAUACAAGAUGAUAAUGCUGAAGAUAUAAACAUCUUAUUUGUUAUCAAUGGUUCUGAUUAUUAUCCUGAGCUUUCGCUUUCUGGUACUUCCUCUUCUACAAAUCAUGAUGAUAAUUAUGCUAAUAUGGAUAGUGAUCAUAGUUGUUAA